UAGCUUCACUCUGAGUCUCUGAGUAGAUCAGAUUUUUGAGAUGGAGUGAAUCGGGAACUCGAAACUCAGUGAAACGCUGAAAAGUGGUUGAAAAGUAUCAUAUCUGCCAACGGUCUAAUGCCACCACCGCCAGUUUAUCAUGUCGAUGUUUCAAACUCCCCCAACCCUUCAGAUUUCUUUCGCGCCAAAACACUUACCCCUGAUUGCUCUUUCAUCAAAGAAUGCCUCGGUCUCGUUACAAAAUCCUACCAACAAUAAUCAAUUAAUCCAAUCUCUCUGCAAGCAAGGAAACCUCAAACAAGCUCUUCGAAUCCUCCCCAAUGAACCCAAUCCCACCCAGCAGACCUACGAGUUCUUAAUUCUCUCUUGCAUUGAUCGGAACUCUCUGUCUGACGGUUUAGCAGUACAUCGUCACAUUGUUGAAGAUGGGUUUGAUCAAGAUCCAUUCUUGGCGACCAAACUCAUUAAUAUGUAUUCCCAUUUUGACUCCAUUGAGAAUGCUCGCUACGUAUUUGAUAAAACUCUUGAGAGAACAAUCUUUGUGUGGAAUGCACUCAUCAGAGCGCUUGCACUGGCGGGUCGUGGGGAGGAAGCACUCUCUCUCUACCAUCAGAUGAACCAAACUGGGAUUCCCUCUGAUAGAUUCACUUACCCGUAUAUACUUAAGGCAUGUGUUUCAUCAUCAAACUCUUCGAUUUCGCUUCUGCCAAAGGUGAAAGAGAUCCAUGGUCACAUUCUAAGACAUGGUUUUGAAUCUCAUGUUCAUGUUGCCACUACUUUGGUGGAUGUGUAUGCAAGGUAUGGGUAUGUUUCUCAGGCGGCACAAUUGUUUGAUGAGAUGCCUGAGAGAAAUGUGGUCUCUUGGAGUGCCAUGAUUGCGUGCUAUGCAAAGAAUGGGAAACCUUUUGAGGCGUUAGAGUUAUUUUGUGAGAUGAUAGCCCAAACCCAAAAUGCUGUUCCAAAUUCAGUGACUAUGGUUAGUGUUCUUCAAGCUUGCGCUGCUUUGGCUGCUUUGGGACAAGCGAAGUUGAUGCAUGGUUAUGUCCUCCGGAGGGGUCUUGAUUCUAUCCUGACAGUAAUAAAUGCCCUUGUGUCCACAUAUGCAAAAUGUGGUAGUCUAGAAAUUGCAGUUCAUGUCUUUAGUCGGAUGGAUAGGAGAGAUGUAGUUUCUUGGAAUUCCAUGAUCUCAAGUUAUGGAAUUCAUGGUUUUGGGGUGGAAGCAGUCCAGGUUUUUCAAAGAAUGAUUGAAAGCGGAUUUUCACCCAAUUCCAUUACAUUUGUGAGUGUUUUGGGAGCUUGUAGCCACAUCGGGCUUGUUGAGGAGGGGAAGAAAUUGUUCAAGUCUAUGGUUUCUCAACAUGGGAUUUCCCCCAGUGCAGAGCACUAUGCUUGUUUGGUGGAUCUUCUAGGGCGUGCUGGCAGGUUAGAAGAAGCUGUAAAGAUUAUAGAGGAGAUGCGGAUUGAACCAGGACCAACAGUUUGGGGUUCUCUUCUUGGCGCAAGUAGGAUUCAUUGCGAUGUCGAGCUUGCAGAGAGAGCUAGCCUACGGCUCUUUAAGCUUGAGCCUACAAAUGCUGGUAAUUAUGUGCUUUUGGCCGAUACCUAUGCAGAAGCUAAGAAGUGGGAUGAAGUGAGUAGAGUUAAGAAGCUUCUGGAUGCUCAACGAUUGCAAAAAGUCCCUGGUUGUAGUUGGAUUGAAAUAAAGAAGAAGAUGUACUCAUUUCUCUCUGUUGAUGAACUAAAUCCACAAAUAGAACAGCUCCAUGCUUUGUUGGUCCAGUUGUUAAUGGAGAUGAAGGAGAAAGGUCUUGUUCCAGAUACCAAGUUUGUGCUCUAUGACGUUGAUCAGACAGAAAAGGAACAAAUUGUAUUGGGCCACAGUGAGAAGCUGGCAGUUGCCUUUGGACUCAUAAACAGUAGUAAUGGUGAAACAAUCCGGAUUACCAAGAACCUGAGAUUGUGUGAGGAUUGUCAUUCUAUGACCAAAUUCAUCUCCAAGUUUACAAAUAGAGAAAUUCUUGUUCGAGAUGUAAACCGUUUCCACCACUUCAGGGAUGGCAUUUGUUCGUGUGGGGAUUAUUGGUAACCUCAGUCAAAAAUAUUUCUGGUUUUCCUUUUUUCUGAAGGCUUGAAUCUCAUGAAAUUCUCAUUAAAGCCACAAUAUUUUGAAGAUUAGAGUUGUACAGUGUUGAUUGCAAUCAGAAGGUGGGAGUUAAAGGGAAUUGAGAGACAACUGAAGGAAAUAUACACAUAUGAUAGAACAUGGAGAUCUGACAAGCAUGCAAACAAUUAAUAUGGGGAUCCGGCUCCUUUCCAACAACUUAAGCUCCAUCCAUCUACCUCCCACCUCUGUGAGGUCGACACCUGGCAUUUUUUUUUAAUCCAAUGGUUGUGCGUCACAACCCACGACCCCAUCUUUCCUCUCCAAAAGCAUACACACUACCUGACAAUGGGAGAAAACCCAUACCCGUUUAUCGAUCUUCCCUCUUUCCCUCCCAUUUCAAACCCUGGAGAGAAUUGCCCCUCCCAUUUUCAGCACCAUAUAGAUAUUUGGUUCCCAUAUCACUCCGAUCAACAAGGAACUCAUCCGGAUGGGCAAGAUCGCACUGCUCAAGGGAACACCAUAUGAUUUAACUGAACCCACUACCAUUGGAAGCAAUAUCUAUCAGCUCACUAAUGGAAGAUAUUGACAUCAAUUAUGUGCGCAAUUGUAAGGAGAUUGUGGGAUCUAUGAAGAGGGAAGCCAUUGUCCACGAUAGCAAAUCAGGAAGUUUUUGGAACUGUGUAUCAGAAGUAUAGGGCACUCUGUUUGGAGAGCAAAGGUUUCCCGAUUUGUGAAUUACCCAAUUUCCCUUCACAACUUGAGUAUCUUGGGAAGAUGAACAGACAUUUCAUGGAUUUCAAGUUCUCAACAAAUAGGAUAUUAGAGAUGAAGGAUAAGAAAGGAGUUCUGGGAAAAAUGUGGAACCUUUUAGAGUUUAUGUGAGAGGUUAUCUAAAAAGAGGACAUGUAAAUUGGUUGCAGUCACUUCAUUUCAAAGUCUUUUUUAUGAAUUUUGUAUUUUCAUAGCAGCA